GCGGGAAGGGAAGGGAAGGGAAACAUUUUCCCGGGAAAAGCGCGCGUGUGUCCCGCGGCUCCCAGCCAUGAGCCGCCUGCGAGCGGCGGCCGCCCGGGGGCUGAGGCGGCGGGGAAGCGGCAGCGCGGCCCCGACUGGGGAGGGCAGCAGGAAGGGCGCGUCGCUCCGUGAAGGGGCUCCCGCUCGACCACAUGCGCUGCAUCUCUUCGGCGACCCCGUCGAGGUCGAUGCCCUACGUGGCCGCCUGCUCACCUGGUAUGACAAAAGCCGGCGGGACCUUCCUUGGAGGGCGCUGGCUGCAGUUGAGCCGGAUGCCGAUAGGCGGGCGUAUGCAGUGUGGGUGUCUGAGAUCAUGCUUCAGCAGACACAAGUGGCCACAGUGAUUGACUACUACAACCGCUGGAUGCAGAAGUGGCCAACACUGCAAGCACUGGCAGCAGCAUCACUGGAGGAGGUGAAUGAGCUGUGGGCAGGACUCGGCUACUACUCACGAGGAAAGCGCCUGCAGGAGGCAGCAAAGAAGGUGGUGUUGGAGCUGGCCGGCCGCAUGCCCAGGACAGCUGAAGACCUGCAGAGGCUGCUGCCAGGAGUGGGUCGAUACACAGCAGGAGCCAUUGCUUCCAUCUCAUUCGGACAGGCUACCGGUGUCGUGGAUGGGAAUGUGAUCCGCGUGCUGUGCCGCCUGCGGUGCAUCGGUGCUGACACCAGCAGCCUGGCUGUCAUUGACUGCCUCUGGAACAUGGCCAACACCCUGGUGGAUAGGAGCCGCCCGGGGGACUUCAACCAAGCUCUGAUGGAGCUGGGGGCAACUGUAUGCACACCCAAAUCCCCACUGUGUGGGGAGUGCCCAGUGAAGGAGCACUGCCAUGCCUGGCGUAGGGUGGAGAAGGAUCUGGCCUCUGCCUCUCAGAAGCUGUUUGGAAAGACCACCCUGGUGCCUGAUGUUGAGGACUGUGGGACUGGGGACUGUCUGUUGUGCCUUCCUGCUGCCGAGCUGUGGGACAGCAGCUUGGGGGUCACCAACUUCCCCCGCAAAGCAGCAAAGAAGCAGCUGCGAGUGGAGCGGACAGCCACGUGUGUGCUGGAGCGGAGGGGCCACCUUGGGGCCCCCGAGUACCUCAUUGUGCAGAGACCCAGCUCAGGUUGUCCACAUCUUCUCUCACAUUCACCAGACAUAUGUGGUCUACUCUCUGUGCCUGGAUGGGGAUGUGGUCCUGGACACUGCCUCAUCCCCAUCCCGCUGGGUGACAGAGGAGGAAUUCUGUGCCUCGGCUGUGUCCACUGCCAUGAAGAAGGUGCUGAAGGCACGGGAGACACAGCGUGGGGUGCAGAGCGGCCGUGCCAAGAGGUGUCCCUGGGCACCUUUGCGGCUUGGCUCAGCUGCAGCAUCUGUCCUGCAGGCCUCCAAACGGAAGCGGGAGUCAAAGCUGGGGGCAGCAGGCAGCGCCCCCACAGGGAUUCAGCUCUCCCUGCGCGCCUUCCUCCGGGCACAGAGCGCUCUGUGAUCAAACCUUUGGCAGCUGAUGCCAGCAGGUCCUGUGCUGUGCCCCACAGCCAUCAGCACAUCACCACCUUCUCCAGUGCACCUGUGGAUACGUGCUGUACAAGGGGCCGGUGCAAUGCUGGAUGUGACCCAGAGCUGGGCUCACUCCCCUGCCCUGGCCAUGGGGUUUCUCUGGCAAGAAGAAAGCAAGAAGGAUGUGGCCACGUUCCCAUCAUUCACACAUGCCUGAGCAUGGGCCAGCAGCCAGUGACUGUGGUGCUGUUGUACCCUCACAUCCAUAUUCCCAUAGCCCUUUUUAUGUUUCUUUUUGCUGAGUGUGAGCCAUGUUUUUUGUAAUAAAUCUCCUAAGGGCCUCUUUUUUUUAAUUAUUAUCUUUUUUCUUGAAGUGACUCUGCCUCCGUUGCAGCACAGCACUAAGCUGGGGCUGCCAGUG